CCUCAGUAACCUUAGCGUCGCCGUGGGAGGCUGUACGCCGGCUCUCUCUACCCCCCUGUGUCGCUCCUAGUGUCCUCUCCUACUAAUACCUCCACCAUUAGCGGUAAUGGGACCGUGAAGGGCACUAGUAAUCUGCGGUAGCCAUAUACCCCUUAGUACCCCGUAUAACAGACUGUUCGUGUCAUCAUUGAGGGGAUUGUAAGGUUAAGACGAAGAGUGGUGAAGAUUGUCCAGUAGCUGCAACUACCAUCAUGGGUAGUUACGGCAUGAUCAUUAACACCCCAGCCUCGUACGGAGACCACGACGAGCCCUACCCCAGCCUCAGCGACUUCCACGACUACGAACCCAACUUGGAGUUCGACGACACCGAGCUGCAGAGUGCUAGUUCUGUUACUGACCUGCAGGAACUUCUACCUGCAGCCCCUGACUAUCUGGAGUCACCAGUAUCAGACGGCACUAUUGAGGAGAACUUCGAAGCCGAGCUUGGGAGUGCCCUCGGAGAAGAGGACGAGCAGGCACUCCACCACACCUUCACUGAUGACAAUGACUUCACAGACAUUGCCCGUCAUGGUAUUGUUGAUAUUGUUGGCGACGACACCUGUGGCAGAAAGGUCAUUGUGGUCUCUGCCUGUAAACUGCCCAGUAACAAGGUUUUCAAUCAUGAAAAAUUCCUUAAGUACCUGAUGUUUACCCUAGACCAGUAUGUGGAGCAGGAUUACUCUCUGGUAUAUUUCCAUUAUGGUCUCAACAGCAAGAACAAACCACCAGUUUCAUGGUUGUGGUCUGCUUACAAAGCUCUAGAUCGCAAGUACAAGAAAAAUCUCAAGGCUCUUUAUUUGGUCCAUCCCACAAACUUUAUCCGAGUUGUGUACAACAUUUUCAAGCCUGCCAUAAGUGCCAAGUUUGGGCGGAAGGUGAUGUAUGUGAACUACCUGCAUGAACUUCAGCAGCAUCUCCACCUCGGCCAGUUACCAAUCCCGCAGCGUGUACAGCAGCAUGAUCAACAGCUUCUGGCCAAGCUGAAAAGCCUUCCCAAAACUCCUGGAGUGGGUUCCAACAAACCUCUACCCACGCAGCAGUUUGGUGUAUCGUUACAAUACAUCAAAGAUGCGAGUGACCAGGACCCAAUUCCUCCUGUGCUGAAAAACUGCAUCACCUUUCUCGAUCACCCAGAUGCUCUGGAGACGGAAGGACUGUUUCGUCGAUCUAGCGCAGCAGCUGUGGUAAAAAGUGUACAGGAACGUUUCAAUAAAGGUGAAGAAGUGAUCUUUGAUUUAGACACAGACGUGCAUACAGCAGCAGUUAUCAUCAAAACUUUCUUACGUGAACUGGAGGAGCCGUUAAUGACCUUUGACCUCUAUGAUGAGGUUAUUCAGUUUCAAGGACUUAAUAAGAGCGAUCGCCUCACAACUAUCAAGCAAAUAAUAUUGGAAAAGCUGCCAGAAGAUAACUACCUCGUGCUCAAAUUCCUCGUGAACUUCCUCUCUAAGGUGAUGGAUCGUAGUGACCUGAAUAAGAUGACAGCCAGCAACCUGGCUGUGGUAUUUGGGCCAAACCUCGUCCGACCUCGGGGAGGGCAGAUGUCCCUCAAUGCUAUUGCUCCCAUCAACCUUUUUGUCGAGGUCAUGCUAACGUAUCCUCACCAAAUCUUUGCGCUCUGAGGUUGUACAACAUUAUAAUGAAGUUAACACUUAACACGACUUGUUUUACAUGGGGGUGUAUCAUGCAUUUUUAAAUACCUUCAUAAAAAUUUAUUAACACAUUCAUUAACAUGUUCACAGAAACUUGCUAGAACUCUAUUUGAGAGGAAAUAAAAUUUGUUUAGCCUCAGAAUGCAAUGCAUUAUUAACUAUGUAUUUGUUGUUUCAAUUAAUGAAAUUAAUGAACAAGUUUGAGUUAUUUCCAAUGCCACACAUCAUUGCUCGUCAUUACAACUAUUGUCAGCAGAUGAGACGGUUGCAUAUAAAAGACCACAUUAUGUGCUUACAUUUAUAACAGGAGAUAGGUUGAGUGAUUUGUUAAUUUAUUUUUAAAAGAAAAUAAGAUGGCAAUUUAUUCAUUAUUUGAUAUACUGAUGCUUUGUGUACUGUAUGCCAUCUUGUGCAAUAUAAUAUCUACACAUUGCGCACACAUUAUUCCAUAAAAUAAAAAUUUGUAACAUAGAAUGUGACAAAUUAGCUACAAAGGUUAAAAAACUGAGAAAUUAUUCUUUUUUUUCACUCCUGGUGAGCUGCCCCAUUUCUUGGGUUUCCUCAAUAUUGUGCCAGUAUUCAAAGUUCUCUAAUUUGUAUUUUAUUAUUUUUUUAAAAACUGGUUCAAGGUUUGUGUACC